GCGAGAGCGUAAUUAAGAUCAAUCGGCUUCCAAAGAUGGUCAGUUCUUCUUCGUUUAUGGAAAGAGUGUUUUGUCUUGGCAGAGAAACAUCAAAAAUGGAAGAAGAGAUGGCAGGCGAGGAGGACGAGGAGGACGAGGACGACGAGGACGACGAGGACGACGAGGACGACGAGGACGACGAGGACGACGAGGAGGACGCAGCAGUGUAUCAUGUUCUUACAGCGCGGCGCCAGGUAUAGAG